GUGGAAGAGACUCCAUGUGGCGACACGGGCAGUUUCUCCGACAUCACCUGUAGCCAGGGGCCCUACCUGGGCAGCUCCUCUGAUCACCGCUACAGCAGUGGCCCUGGCCCACCGGGCCCCCGAUCCCACCAUCACCCCCAGGGCCCCCCGGUGGCCCCCCCCAGUCCUGCCUCACUGGCCUGGGCCCAGAGGACCCGGCACCAGCCUGCCAGCCUGGCGCUGCGGAAGCAGGAGGUGGAGGACAACAAGCGCUGCAAAGCCCUGUCCGACAGCUAUGAGCUCUCCACAGAUCUACAGGACAAGAAGGUUAGCAUAUUAUCAUAUUAUUAUUACAUUAUUAUUAUAGAGGCGCAAAGCCUUGUCCGACAGCUAUGAGCUCUCCACAGAUCUAAAGGACAAGGUUAGCAUAUUAUUAUUAAUACUAUUAUUAUUAUUUUAUAUUAUAUUAUUAUUGUUAUUAUAUUAUUAUAGGGGUACAAAGCCCUGUCUGACAACUAUGAGUUCUCCACGGACCCACGGGAGAAGAAUGUAUACAAGGCUUUCUCCAUUUGUAAUGCAGCAGAUUAUAGUCUAUGCUUGUUACUACGAUAUAAUGAUUGCAUACAGUAGUGAUGUAUGAAUAGUUUGGCUGAUUUGGAUUUCUGAUGUUGUAUUCUAUGUUGUUAUGUGUUCUGAUUCUGUGUGACGUAAUGACGUUAAACUAGUGAACAUAACCCUGGUUCAGGUCCUUUCCAACAGAAACAAAAUAACAUAUUUUCAAACAGAGGCUAUAGAAAUGACCAAUUUCUAUAGGGUUGCUAUGGCAAUAUUCCCUCACAAAGCUCCCCUAAUCUCCAGCUCUCUCAUUGGUCCCCUCCACUUCCUCCCCCUCUGUCAUUGGUCCUCUCCACUUCCCCCUACUCUCUGAUUGGUCCUUUCCACUUCCUCCCACUCUGUCAUUGGUCCUCUCCACUUCCCUCUACUCUGAUUGGUCAUUUCUACUUCCUCCCACUCUGUAUUUGGUCCUCACAACUUCCCCCUUCUCUCUAAUUAGUCCUUUCCACUUCCUCUCACUCUGUCAUUGGUCCUUUCCACUUCCUCCCACUCUCUGAUUGAUAUUUUCCACUUCCUCCUUCUCCCUCAUUGGUCCUCUCCACUUUCUCCCACUUUCUCAUUGGUCAUCUCCACUUCCUGUUUCCUGUCAGGUGGAGAUGCUGGAGAGGAAGUAUGGCGGUUACUUCCUGAGUCGGCGGGCGGCGCGCACCAUCCAGACGGCGUUCCGUCAGUACCGCAUGAACAAGAACUUUGAGCGUCUGAGAAGCUCUGCCUCUGAGAGCCGGAUGACUCGCCGUAUCAUCCUGUCUAACAUGAGACUGCAGUACUCGUUUGACCAACGACAGGGCCAGGGCCAGCCUGGUGAUGAAGAGAUGGAGGCUGGGUCUCCUUCACAGUGCCAGGGGGACAGAGAGGAGUACACACACCUGGAUGAGACAUUCUCCAAACAGGUGAGAGGAACGGGGGGCUGCACUAAGAUCAUUUAUCUUGGUAAGACGUCAAGCAUUUUAAUGAUAAGCGAUCUUUUAGGUCAGAUUUAAUUAUUUUGCAGUAAAAGGGAGGAAACUAAGGGGCUGGUUUCCCAGACACAUAUUAGUACUGGAGAUUUUCCGUUGAGCCCGGGAGUAUUGUGUUCUGGAAACCAGCCUUACGAGGGACAGUUACAGAGUGAAUCACUACAACUUCUUCCACUGCCAUGAAAUAUACUUCCAGACAGCCAGAGCAAGCAUACACAAUCUCUUAAGAGAAUGUACCUUUUCCAGUUGUAAAUAAUUAAUGUGAUUCGCUUUCACAUUCUCAAUCUAUCCAACUACUGUGAGACAGUGACUACAUCUACAACUAAACUAGUUUCUGCUUCUUUUUGUUUACUUUAGUUUACUUUUUACUAUCAUUAUUUAUAUAGUUUAUCUUUGUUCCAUAGUAUAGAUUCUUCUUCUUUUUGUUUAGUUACGUGAUUUAUCAAUUGACUGUACGGUUGCCAGUCUGCUGCGUCGUCAGACGUAUUUGCUACUGCCUUUGCCUCGUCCCUCUCAGCCAUACCGUUUUUCAAAUUCAUCAUCUAUCCAUGGGGAUUUGGCAGCUCUAACAGUCAGUUUAUUGAUGGGGCGCAUGCCUGUCAGUAACCGGAAGAAGCGGUUUCAUAAGUGCUUCAAGUGCGUCGUCAGGUUGUUCCUCAAUACACACAUCAGACCAACAAAUAUUUUUCAUCAUCUUCGACGUAGGAAUCAUUACAAAACCUCUUGUAUGAUCGUUUGUACACCGUUUCAGGUCCAGUCUUUGGGGAACUUAGGUUUUUCUAGAUACGGAUAUUAUAUCAUGAUCACUACAUCCGACAUCUGUCUUUAUCCACCCUGUAGGUGAAGUCCCUGGCUGACUCCAUCGAUGACGUCCUGACCUGUCAGUCUGCUGUAGAAGACUCUCAGGAGGAGGAGGAAGGUGACGGAGGCGAGACAGGGGUGGUGGCAGACGACUUUGGAGAGUGUGUUUGGAGACCGAGGGAGGGAGAUAGACAGAGGGGCGGAGGAAGGAGGAGGAGGAGGAGGAGGAGGAGAGAGACAGAGCAUGCACGAGGACAGCACAGCCACCUCCUACAGCGACGUGACCCUCUACAUUGAUGACGGGCUCCCCUCCUCACCCCUGUUCCUGGACCGCGUCCCCAGCAGCACCGACACAGAGUACUGGAGCCCUGGAGUGGGUGGCGGUGGGGUGGGGGGCCGCGAGGACAGCCGGGACACAGAGGGAGGGGGCAGCGGUAACAGCCGACGUAGCACCCCCUGUACAGAGUGUAGAGACCACAGCCUGAGAGGAUCUCACCUGCCCCUGCUGACCAUCGAUCCACCUAGCGACAGCUCUGUUGAUAUGAGUGACCGCUCGGAUAGAGGUUCGAUAGGUAGACUGGUCUACGAAACAGAGCCAGGGGGAGGUGGGGGAGGGGGAGGAGGAGGGGAAGGGGGGUCGCCUCACACGACCAUUAAACACAACCCCCACCCAAAUCCCCACCCCCACCCCAACCCCAACGGGCGCUCCGUCCCUACACACCCCCAGGCCCAAGGCCAGACUCGUACUGUGCUCCCUCACCGCCCCCACCCCUCGGCCCUCCCCUCCCACCUGCCACACCACACCAUCUUACACCACCACCAUCAGAUCCCCCAUUACCCUCUACACCACCACCCCCAGCACCCCCACCACCCCCAGCACCCCCACCACCCGUACCCUGACACUCCCUCUUCGUCCUCCCAGUCGCCGCAGGGACAACCCCUCACCCCCCUGUCUUCCUCCUCAUCCGCCACACUGCCCCCUGGUGGCCUGGAGCAGGUCUGCUGUUCUGACGGAGACAACGACUCUCUCAACUCCACCACCAACUCUAACGAUACCAUCAACUGCUCCUCCGGGUCCUCGUCACGCGACAGCCUCCGGGAGCCCCUCCCACCGCUCGGGAAACAGACGUAUCAGAGAGAGAGCAGGCACAGCUGGGAUAGCCCCGCCUUUAACAACGACGUGGUCCAGAGACGACAGUACCGCAUCGGACUCAACCUGUUCAACAAGUAA